AGCUCGGUUAUCGCGAGAUUUGAACAGCUGAUCCGGCUCUGUUUAGCGUGCUUUCGGUCGGUCAACACGUGGGGAGGAGAGAAAGAGAUAGAGGUACUGAGAAGGGACACGUUUGGAUGGUGUUGGGCCCGGAGUACCGGAUUAGUGACUGAGCUUUACCACGGCUGUGCGGUUCGCAGUGGCGGCCAGAAGGACAUACAAACACGGAGCAGUACUUAGGAUCUACAGGAGAUGCCACUCAGGUUUCGGUCCUUUGUCCCGUACACACUUCCUGGAGUGCUUGCACUCAUAGGCUGGUGGUGGUACAUUUCUCGCAAGAAAGCGCGGCUCACCAGCCAUGACCGGGACGAGGAACCGGUUGCGGGCGUACUGGCUUCCCCUGCUAAGGGCACUAAUGGAAUGGUGGAGACCACACACGGCAGACCCUGCUUAGACAAACCCAGUGCCAAAGAACCAGUGUCUGCUGAGCAGGAGGUUGUAGCACGGAUUUACACAAUGGCAACAAGCGCCUCAGUAGAAGAACCAGUCAGCUCCCCAGUGGUAGUGAAAAAGCUGGGUACUCCUCCUCAUCCAUGCAGCAUUGCAACUGCAGACUCCCAAACGAGCAGCCUUGAAGUGACCAGUGAAAAGUCUCCAAUCUUAGCCAUGACACCAUCAAAUCUAGUUGAGAUGAGUCCUCCACAUGAGAGACCAGACGUAGUUGUGCUAAGCAAUGAGUCAUCCCAGUUGACUGCUGAAGCAGAGCUGGACACUUCUGGUUCACUGAGCCAGUCUUGGGAUCAAACACUCGACAAACAGGAGACUGACACUAAGGAAAUGGCGCCACUUAUAUGCCAGGCUGUGGAGUUGUCCAAAGCGGAGCGCCCAGAGCCUGAAGGAGAGGUGGCUGAUGAUGUAUUGGCUGUGCCGUUUGCUGAGAACCUCCAAGCAGACUUGGCGAAAGACAGUUUAUCCUCCACCAAAGAUGACUUGGCAGCCGCUUCACCAAUGACUGGGGAUCAGUACACUCAAGCUGCAUCGCAGCAAUCGCUUGGUCUUGACAGUCCUUUAGUUCCUGCCUCAUUUCCAAUUUCCACCAGCUCACCGGUCUUAAACGAUUUCAUACAAGUCCAGAACCAUGAGAAUGGAGACCCGUGCUGUGAAGUUGAGAGCAGUGACAGCAUGGUAGAGCUGCAACGCCUUGCAGCCGGUCUCAUCACUGAAGUCAUUUUAGCAGCUACCCAGGAGGUCAUGGCAGUCAGCAGCUCCACGUCUCAGCUCAGCGAGGGUCCGGAGGCUGCUUUCAGCAUCACAUCUACUUUAAACGGAAAAGAAAGGGAAGAAGAUGAAUGUGUGUCUCAGGUGGAUUCCUCUUCAGAAGGCUGCAAAGAUCACGUAGAGCAGCAUGCAGCACAGAUCGCCAAGGAGGUCAUCAAUGGCUGCCUCACUCCCUCUGUGUGGGAGAAGUCUGAGACGCAGAACAGUUUUGCUCUCCGUGACCAUCAGGAACAGUUAGAAUCGACUCAGAUCCUGCCCGAGGUCCAGGCCAAAGAAGAGGCUGUGAUGGGAACAGAGGAUUCUGGGUGUAGCACUUGUCAGUCAGAGGAUGGCAUCAGCAAUGAGGAUCUUGUCAUCAGCACAGAAUUGUCAUCAGUAGUGCAUGACUGCAAAGAUGACCUUAUUCAGAUUUCAGGGAUCUCGACUUCAGAGGAAAAAGGUGAUGGACAUCAGGAAAGCUCUGAUUCAGCAGUCCUGGAGGAGACUGUGCUGAGAGUGGAGCAUGCAACAGCUACCUGUGCACUAGCACAGGUGAAUGGGGAAGCUUUCAGGAAUGGAACCAGUGAAGCAGAAGCUGAUCAGUCUGGAGGUUCGGAUGUGAACAGUAUGGAUUCAGUAGACAGCUACUCCGCUUUGGGUACAGGAAAUGAUCAACAGAGUGGCAGCCAGGCCAGUCAAAGCUCCGAGCUGAUUGUGUGGGAAAUAGAGGUGCCGAAGCAUCUAGUUGGUAGAUUAAUUGGAAAACAAGGAAGGUAUGUGAGCUUUCUGAAGCAGAGCUCUGGUGCAAAGAUCUACAUCUCAACUCUGCCUUACACCCAAGAGUUUCAGAUCUGCCAUAUAGAGGGCGCCCAGCAGCAGGUAGAUAAAGCACUGGCCUUGAUUGGUAAGAAGUUUAAAGACCUGGACCUGACCAACCUGUACGCUCCUCCAUCGUUGCCCCUCUCACUGCCCUCCCUGCCCAUGACUUCCUGGCUCCUGCUUCCAAACGGCGUAACAGUGGAGGUGAUCGUGGUGAACAUCGUUUCUGCGGGCCACGUGUUUGUCCAGCAGCACACACACCCUACAUACCACGCUCUGCGCAGUCUGGACCAGCAGAUGUUCCUGUGUUACUCUCAGCCUGGCACUCCUGCCCUGCCCUCACCUGCUGAAAUUGGUGUGAUCUGUGCGGCUCCUGCAGUGGAGGGAGCGUGGUGGCGAGCACAGGUUAUCUCCUUCUACAAGGAUUCCAAUGAGGUGGAGAUCCGAUACGUGGACUACGGCGGCUACGACCGAGUGAAGAUUGAUACUCUUCGUCAGAUUAGGUCUGACUUUGUGACGUUACCGUUCCAAGGGACGGAGGUGUUAUUGGACAACAUCGCACCUCUUCCUGGAGAGGAUGGCUUUUCAGCUGAAGCCAACUCUGCACUGGAGGAGAUGACACAAGGACUACCUUUGCUUGCACAGGUCACAAAUUACGACAAUAACACAGGCCUUCCCUUAGUACAAAUGUGGAACAUGGUUGGAGAUGAGGUGGUUCUGCUGAAUCGUACAUUAGCAGAGCGAGGUUUAGCAACGUGGGUGGACAGUUUCUGAUCCCUUGCCCUCGUGUUCUUCUCUCACUCUUCAUCCCCCUCCUUCACUUUUUAGACCCUGCCUACCUGAAGUGCACAUCACUGGCUAGCAGAAAAUUAAAUUUUUUUUUUUUAUUUUUUUUAUUUUUUUUUUUUUUAGGUCUUGGUUUCUACUCCCUUUCAAAAUAAAUUAAUGUACUGUACAAGGGGACAAAUAAUAACACAAGUGGAGAUAGCCAAGUGUUGAUCAGAGAACAUCUUGUAAAAAAGAAACUUUAAAAAAAAAAAAAAAAAAAAAAAAGUAAGAAAUGUCUUCAGUGGUUUAAGAAAUCUAGUAACUAAAUCAAGUUGAUCAUGGUUUUCCAGCAAGGCUCCUUUGGCACAAAUGUGGACUGUAGAUUUAAGAGCUGUAAUUGUAUAAAAGAAAAAAGUGUACAUUAAAAAUGUAACAAUGGUGCAGUUUGUAACAAGACUGUUGAUGCUCGGGUUUGCAGAUUAUUUCAGCAACUUGUGCAUACUUUUGUAGCUCGAUCUCACUAGUUCAUGUUGUCUGAUUUUAUUUCCUAAUGGUUCACUACUGCAAUUUUCCUUUGAAGUUGAGGCCCAAUGUCCCAAACACCUGUGCACAUUCAGUGUAUAGAACAGGACUCAUCCAUGUCAUGAAGAAAUACACUGUACUAAGGUGUGUGUUCCUCAACCACAGAGUCUUGUUCAUUAAUGUGGCCUUACGGAGGGAAACAAAAUCCUGCCCUCUGCUGUGCACGGUCUGUGGGACGUGUCCUGCUAAUUGCCUUCAGUGUGAACAUCUCCACAUGCAGCUUGUUUCUCUGUUGCUCUUAUUUAAGAGUCCAUUAUUCAAGAUUUUCUCAUGUAUCUCGAGGAAUACACUAAAGCACUGGCCUGUGCUUCACUUGAACAUGGCUUCACUACAUGUUUAUCCUGACCAGUGAUGAAACUUCCACAUCAGAGCACUGAGGUGCAUCAGAGCUCGGGCUCCUGUUUUGGGUAGACGAACUGCAUAUAGUGUGCUGUGUCAAUUGUAUGCAUGUAGUCCUGUUCAGAGCACAUCUUUUGAUCCACAAGUCACAUAAACCCACACUUCACUAUCUAGCGUGGCUUUGCGUAAACACCAGAGGAGGUUUGCUCACUUGUUUGUAGUCUGCUAUGCCCACAGUCAGGGUCCUUAGAUCAAAAUGGUCAUCAUGGUCAGUAGCUAAUGUCUGUAUUCUGAAAUGUUUAGAAUGGCCACUUUUUAAUCAGUCUCAUUAUGCUGGCUGCUAAAAUAAGCACUCUGGUAAUACUGGUUUGUUGCAAAAGAAAAAUAGCUUUAAGAAGUCUCAUUCAGGUUUAUUUUUAUUUUAUUUUUUUUUCUUCUCUCUUUCUUUCUUUAGUUGGGUUUGACUUAAGGAAUGCUCUUUUGCUGUAUCGGUAUUUUGUUUAAAAAAAAAAAACAAAACAAAAAAAGUGUGUAAACCACUGGGGAUUUUUUUUUUACUUACAUUUUGUGUGUAUGCGUGUGUCAUUGAGUAUGUUGCAUUCAGGGCUCACUCAUCCAGUUUUCUGCUGCUAUACCACUUCCGUCCUAAUGUUGCCAAUUCCUAACCUGAUGGAAUUUCACCGUCUGUUUGUUCAUUUGUUUUUAUGCAAGCACCAAUUUUCCAUUUAUGAUUUGCUCCUAUGCAGUUAUGCGUGUGCUGCUAUUGUAAUUGAAGACAACUGACUGGUUUCAACCGAACUACAAAAACUUGAAUUGUUUUUUCCCUUGAAUUUUGUUUCUUGAUCUAAACAGAUGAUUAUUGUGUGACCCCUGCAGCCUUGUUAACUGUUAAAGAAGGAUGUGUUUCCGUAGGCUGCAAAGGGACGUGCACUUUUCUGUAACCUCACUCUGACUGAAAUGCUAAAGGAUCUGUGGAUUUUUUUGUUGUUGUUGUUUUUCCCAUGUCUGGUGCUCAGGUUGUUAGGUGUAUUGUAUGAAGUUGGGGGGACGGGGAGAGAUUAACACACCAGGCAAUGAUAGACUACAUUCUACAGUAUAUUUAGUACAAGAUAUUUCUGCACUAUACAGUCAAACAAGGCAGCACAGCAACAUAAAUGCAGGAACUUUUUUUUUUUUUUUUUUAUGAAAUCUUUUCCCUCAUUUGCAAGUUCAUAAUUCCCAGUUAAUUUCUUGACAUUAGUUCUUUUAUCAGUGCUAGAAGUUCAUGGCCUUUUCUUAUCAAUCUUUUCCAUUGCUGUGUGUCAUCAACCCAUCAUACUUCACUUGUCUGUGUAAAUAAAAUUUCACUGUUCUUUUGUACAACACUGGGAAGAGUGUAUGAAAACAAAGGGAUCAUGUGUUUUUUGUUUGUUUGUUUUGUUUUGUUUUUCUCCCACCCCAACAUCAUGUUCUGUUUAUAGGACUGGUUUGAAGUGUUUUGAUUAGCUAGUUGAUUAAUUAUUUGAUUAUUUGAGUGCAAAGCGAACCUGCCCACAGCAUAACUAUGUACAGGUCAGUUUUUGCUAGACUCAUGAAAAGGUUUGAAUCUUGGUUGUACAGAUCUAUAUAUAUAUAAAUAUAUAUUAAAAAAAGAAUAAAAUUAUUAAAACAUU